AUGCUGAAGAGGAAGGGAAGUAAUGUGAAUUAUGCUGAAGAGGAAGGGGAGUUACAUGGAUCACCUUACCAGAUAGGACUAGAACCCGAGUCCGAGGAGGAAACAGUCCGGAUAAACUAUAUACUCCGAGACGGAACAGUCCGGACAAUAGCAGGACGGACAGGAGAUAACGUCAUGUACCUCGCGCACAAGCACGAUAUUGAGAUAGAGGGCGCGUGUGAAGCGAGCCUGGCGUGUUGCACGUGUCACGUGUAUGUGGAGGGUGAGUACUGUGAUAUGUUGGAGGAGGCGAGUGAGGACGAGGAGGACAUGUUGGACAUGGCUCCGGAGCUCAGGGAGACCAGUAGACUGUCAUGUCAGAUUGUGUUGGAGAGGAAGUUGGAUGGGAUUACGGUGCAGAUACCCAGGAUUACUAGGAACUUUUAUGUGGAUGGUCACGUGCCUCAACCUCACUGA